AUGGCAUCAGCAAGUGAUAUAUUAAGUUACUUAGAGCCCGGAUAUUUAAGAUCAGUCGAUAGAGCCAAGUUCUCAUUCUAUCUACCAAAUAUUGAUGCGAAGCUCAUUCCUGAGACAAGACAACUGUUGGGAAAGUAUAGCCAUAUUCCACCGGAGGAGCAAUCCAAGCAUGUUCAUGAAAUCCGUGACCAAGCUUGGGACAUUCGCGCGUACCCUUGCACUGGGGUUGGUGCAUGGCUUGUACCUCAACUCUGCCGGAACCCUGUGUAUCCUGAGAUUCUGGAGCGGAUCCAGGCCGUCUACAACGGUGCGCCCUCAGACAAAAUUUAUGCUAUCGAUAUUGUGAGCCAUUGGAAUAUGGGAUACAACUUGUUCCGCGACCGGGAUCGGUUUUCUGCACAGUUCAUCGAAGCGGAUAUCGUAUCCGAGUCCGAAGUACUGGCGCCAUUGAGAGGUCAAGUGGGACAAGUCAAAGCAGCCAAACAGUUGAUUACAUUUACCAAAGGGCCUGGCCCCGUGAUUGUAGGAAAUCAGAUUGGAAACUACAAAGCACAAGAAGUAACUCUGAAGUCACUCGUCGUUCCUAUGUGGCGACACAGCCCGGAAUCUUUUGAGAAAGUAUGGGAUCAGGUUGGACAGGAGACGGGGACAAAGUGGGAAACUCAGGCAUGGAUGAGAUCCUUUGAGGAGAUGGCAUUUGGUGCUAAAGAUGGUGCUUGGGGGGAAGAUGCAGUGGCGAUUGUUGAGUUUGUUGUGAAGAGGAUCGAAUAG